AUGUCGACAUUUCUUAUAGAAGAUCCAAAAUAUGCCUGGCUGAAAGAUCUAGGCCUUUCCACGAAAAAUAACGGCGUUUAUCAUGGGAGAUGGGGCGGUUCAGGAGAGGUUGUGACGUCUGUAUGUCCUGCCAACAACAAGCCAAUAGCUCAGGUUACUACAGGUACCCCAGCUGAUUAUGAAGCAGCUAUCCAGGCCUCAAGAGCUGCAUGGGAGACAUGGGCAGAUAUUCCAGCCCCUAGAAGAGGAGAAAUUGUUCGCCAGAUUGGUGAUGCUUUCCGAGUUAAAAAGCAUCUGCUUGGCAAAUUAAUUUCCCUAGAGAUGGGGAAGAUUUUGCCGGAAGGUGAAGGUGAAGUGCAAGAGUACAUUGACAUUUGUGAUUAUGCUGUUGGAUUGUCUCGCACGUUUGCUGGGCAUGUUUUCCCCUCAGAACGUCCAGGGCAUCUAUUGUUAGAGCAGUGGAACCCCCUGGGUGUUGUAGGUGUCAUUACAGCCUUCAACUUUCCCUGUGCUGUCUACGGCUGGAACUCAGCUAUUGCCAUGGUCUGUGGUAACACCUUGUUGUGGAAAGGUGCGCCAUCGACACCAUUGGUGAGCAUUGCUGUGACCAAAGUGGUCAGUGAAGUUCUGGAAAGUAACCAGAUUCCUGGGGCUGUGUGCUCAUUGGUCAGUGGCGGAGCAGACAUCGGAACACUGAUGGCAAAAGAUGAACGAGUCAACCUUGUGUCAUUCACAGGCAGCACCCCUGUUGGACACAAAGUUUCUCUGAUGGUCCAGGAAAGAUUUGGGAAAUUUCUACUAGAGCUUGGAGGAAAUAAUGCUAUCAUUGUGAACAAAGAUGCAGAUAUCAAUAUGGUUGUGCGUGCUGCCUUGUUUGCUUGUGCUGGCACUGCAGGUCAGAGAUGCACAACAACUAGGAGAUUGAUCCUGCAUGAAAAUGUUCAUGAUGAAAUUGUGGAGAGAUUGAUUAAAGCAUAUGCCCAGCUCAGAGUUGGUGAUCCAAUAGAAGAGGGAACCUUGUAUGGACCUCUUCACAAUGAAGAUGCAGUCAAGAAAUACACAGAAGCUGUUAAAGCAGCCAUAGCUCAGGGAGGCAGGGUUGAAUAUGGUGGAAAAGUUUUAGAUAUACCUGGCAACUACGUACAGCCAACCAUCAUUACUGGACUGGCCCAUGAUGCUGCGAUUGUGCUGCAGGAAACAUUUGUGCCCAUUGUUUAUGUUCUCAAAUGUAAG